CGUUGAGUAUUGGUUCAAAUCUUUGGUUGUUGGUGGCGAUCGUUUUAUCUAAUCGGAAAUGCCUAAUACAUCAGAGAUAUACCGACAAAAUGCAAUCCUCGAGUAUCAAAAUCAACUCAAGGCAAAACUAGCGAAGCAGCAUGUUCAGCGUGAGGGAGAAGUCCCUAUAAAUGGAAACGCAGAGUCUUUCAAUCUGGGAGAUAUUAUGGUAUCGAAUAUUAUGGAGUCUCGCUAUUUCUUCAAAGUCCUAGACCUUACGGACAUCGAGGAAGUGAUCAAUGAGAUAAAACGAGAAGUGCAUGACUUGGAGCCGCUGGUGAUUGGUUCGUCUCGUCAUCCCUCCUCUGCCUUCUGCAUUUUAUACAAACUCUCACGCAUGCGAAUCACCUACCAAGAACUCAGUGAAUUAAUCCAUUGCUUAGAUAACUCCUAUGUGCGAGGCAUUGGUUAUCUCUACAUCCGUUUCGCAAUCGCUCCUCGCGAGCUCUGGAAGUUCUACGCUCCCUACUUCGACGACAACACUUCCUUGGUUCCCUUCAGCGACAAAACCCCAACAACGAUCGGGCGCUUCGUGACCGGGCUGAUCACAAACAAGCGCUACCAAACAGUGAUGCUUCCGACGAUUCCGAUCGUCGUAAAGCGCGACUGGGAGGUGAAUUUGAUCAAGCUGGACGCGCUGAAUAACCGCGAAACAAAGCCGUGCGAGAUCCACGUGGGGGACAGCGUGAUGGGGUUCUACGCAGUGGACAUGAAAUGGUACCCCGCGAAGGUGCUGAAGGUGCUGGAGGCGGACUUGCUGUACAUCAUGUACGAUGUGUACAACAACAAAGAGAUCCGAACGCGCGGACAUGUGCUCGUGGAGGGAGAGGACCCCGUGAAUAUUAAGCCGAAAACGCCAAAAGAAGAAUCGAGCGAUGCGAUCUCGACUUCGUCGCGCCGGCGGCCGUCGAAAAGUCCGUCAAGAAGCCGGUCAAGAAGCCGGUCAAACAGCCGAAAUCGGUCCAGAAGUCGGUCCAGAAGUCGGUCGCAUUCUCAUCGACAUUCUCAUCAUCAUCACCAUCAUCAUCACCAUUCUUCUUCGUCUUCUUCGCAUCAUCGUCGCUACGAUUCCGCAGUCUCGCCUGUCUUUGAUGAUAAGCGAUUGCAGGAAUUGGUGCGAGAGAAGGAGCGCGAAUCGGUUACCACCUCGAGCAGCCAUGUCGCCAACACGGUGGGACAUGUGAAGCAGUCGCUCAUGCUGAAAAUGGAUCGAUUUACUGCGAGAAAGCAGGAUUACCAGCCCGAACGAAACGUGGUGGUGAAUAAAAUCGAGGCGGAGGAUUCGCUGGAGAAGCUAAAAGAGGAAGAGGCGAGGAAGGAACGCGAGCGCGCGAAUCGGAAGCGCCUUGAAGAAAUCCAGCAGCGUUAUAGUCGAAAUAAAGAGGAGGACAAGUACAACCCGGACUAUUAUUUCUGUGUUUGUGGAACAAACAGACGAUCAGUACAUCGUGUCCCACUUCAUACCAGUGUGAACACCGCAGGGAUUCAUGAGCUUAUCGUAGUUCUUCAUGAUGCGAUCGUAGAGAGUAGCGUAUGUAUUCCGAAUAUCGAUCACGGCUUGAGAGAUUAG